CACGUUCCGUUGAAAACCCGAAACGAGAAGCGAAAAGGAGGCAGAAAUUCGCCGGCGUUGGGGUUACUGUCUCCGAAAAAAAUCUUGCCUUAACCCAAAAGUGAAUGAGAGGGAAGGUAUCUGCCUCCAGCUACUGAGCAAGCAGACUUCGUGUUAUCAGCCAGUGUAUCGCAGACAAGAAGCCAGAUGGACACCGGAAACACCACGGAAGAAAAAUCCGUUCAACGAUCCAAGUCCUUCAGCUUCAACACCCAGAAGGAAGUGUGUACAUCAUGUUUGAAGACAGUCUACCCAAUGGAGAAACUGGUUGCAAAUAACCUCGUCUUCCAUUCAGCAUGUUUCUGCUGCAGGCACUGCAAUGCCAAACUCAGCCUUGGCACUUUUGCAUCUCUUCAAGGCGAAUUUUACUGCAAACCCCACUUCAAACAACUGUUCAAGAGCAAAGGAAACUAUGACGAGGGUUUUGGACGCGAGCAGCACAAACAGCUCUGGGCCGCCAAGGAGACAAAUACGCCAUAAUCAUGGCUGCCUUUGUCCUGUCGCAGACCUGCCUCUUCUUUUCCCUCCUCCUAACACCUCCAAUGCAUCACGAUGAACACAUGCCUCAUAAGCUGGGGCACUGUUAAAUCACCCACGCACUCACUCGCUUUUUAAAUGCCAUCAAAACAAAUACAUGCAUAGACAUCUAGAAAAUUACUGGGCAGUCAUGAUAUAUACCACUUACCGUAAUUUUGAGUAUAAUUUGAUGAUAACUGUUAAUUUCCUAAUUGUAUUUUCCAAUUUCCUGUUUGAAAUUGGUAGUUGAUUGUGACCAAAAGCCUUCUCUGGUGUGGAGAGUGGAAUAGUGAAGAGGUUUUAUUUUCUCUCUCUUUUUAUUUAGUUUUAAUUAAUUGCACCCUUUUAUUUUUAGGAAUAAGUAAACUGUAUGCUCAGGCAAACAUAUCUAAGGGGUUAAAGAGCAUCACGUUUUGCAUUAGGGCAUACACUCAGGUCAGUUUUAACCCAUGGGUUUAAAAGAAGACUUAUCAGAUUUUAUUACUCAUUGUAAAAACACACACAUCAAAUUUAAAAAAAAAGCGAUCCUCUGUAUUAUGACAAUGCUGUCAGACAGGUUUGUCAGGUUUCAUAUAUUUGAGGAACAAACAGGGUACAAUGUACUGUAAAAUAACCGUGCACGUUAGCAACAACUCACCUCUUGUGUUUAUAUUUUUGCUUUCGUUAGUCUUAUUAUUGCUCACUUCAUCACACGGUUCUUCGUUAUUUCAAUGAGUCUUGCAUGUUGGUAUGACUGGGUCCUGAUAGCCUUAUCUUAUGACUGUAUUGAUCUUUUGUGGUGUGAGUGUUACUUUCAUUUGUUUCUCUUACAUAGCGAUGAUCUUUUUUAACAUUUUUAGACCCACUUGAGUUUAGAUUUGAUUGAUGUCAUGGCAUAAGUUGAUCUCUGAGCUUUUUAUGGUUAAGAUUUUAAUGAAUUUUUCAGAUUGUGCUUUGUAUACUGUCUGUAUACUAGCUGUAGUUUGUGAUUAGUAAACAUUCCCCACUGUGCUGUACCCUUGUCUUGCACAUAUAUCUACACACGAUCACCAGACAAAAGGUUAAUUAUGGCAGGGAAGCUGAGCUUUAGUAUGUAAACAUCCCUCCAUCUGUCCUAUGAAACAUUUUAAGAGGAAGUGUAAACACCUGGAUAAAUUGAUUAUUGCAUGUAUGCUAUAAAUGAGGAUGUUGAUGGACAGAGCUUAGGUCUCACAGUGUGUUGCUUCAUAAUUUCAUGCUUGUCAGCUUGUUGUUGUCUUGUGAUGAAGUUUUAAAAGCUGUAUUAUAGCGACAUAAACAUCCAGUCACUCUGUCUUGAACCCGUGAGUCCUUUUUCAGUUAAUGCCUUCUGGUUCUCCUGUCUUAUUUGCUAAAUGCAACUGGACCUAUUUCUUAAUAUAAAUGUUACAAUAGAUGGAUGGAUAGUUUGUCACAUAUAUGGGCACCCUGAUGUGUGGCUGCAUGCAAAAGCCAGUGCAGAGCACCCCCUGCUGGGGAAAGUGUGACAAUAGCGUCUCACGUGAGAGGAUAAAACGAUAACUUGCCCAUGAUUUGAGUAUAGCCUUUUAUUUUCAAGUUUUUGAGUUGGAUCAGCCAACAGCUUCUUUUAAUCUUAUUUAGUUUUAACAUGUAAGAACAAUUAAUUCAAUGUAGAUUUCCAUGGUUUUAUUUCAUUGUGUACAAAGGAUAACUCCAAAGCCAUUAAAUCAUCACAUUUUAGAAAAUGUCUGAGUACCGCUGACACUUGAAUGGCACAAAGUACUUUCUGUGACUGAAGGUUUACUGUUAAUUUGAGCUCGCUGUGCAGAAUAGGAAGCAAAACAGAUGGGUUUUUUUUUUUAAAGAGAAGCCUUAGAAAACAAAGAGCUGACCUUAUUGCUUUUUCAAAACACCUUUGAGUGCACAGAUCUUUACAACGAUCUUGUGAUCAUGCCUUUUUAAAAACAGAUCUGGUUAUUGUAGAGUCCAACUCUUUAACAUAGGAUUACUUCACUCAACCAGCAACCAUUUUCCCCCACCUAACCAUCUUUAUUCACAUGUACAAAAGUUCUAAUUCUACUGUGUGUGAACAUGUAUGUUUUCUUUAUGUCAUUUUAAAACGGCCCUCUGGAUCCCAGAGAAUGCUUUAAAAAUCAAGAGAAUUGUAUCUUAAAAUGCUGUGUUUGUCACUCUCUGUUAGCAGUUCGCCAAGGUACAACUGCAAAAUCUGUGAAUUGCAAUGUCCAAGUCUAAUAGAGCAGACAAGGUACACUUUACACUGGUGCCACAAGGCUCAGGUGAAUGAUUGCAGUGUGACGUUUUAUUGUUAAAUCUGUGAAUCAUUUCAUUUCUGUGCUACAUGUGGAAUUCCUUUUUUAUUGCCGUUGUCAUCAAGACAUUUUAAAUGUAUGCAUCUUUGAAAGUGUGUUCUAUAUUACAGACAUGACCUGUGGAUUGAGGUGGCCUUACAGCAAAAGGAUGCUUGGACUGUAUGCAGUCUUUCUCCUCUCUUCCUCCUCCUCUCUCUUGCUUAGUUGUAGUACGGUACAUUUUAAAAUGUGAGCGCCCUCUUUCUACGCCAAUAUACACAAUCAUUUGUGCAUAUUUUUGUUUUUAUUUUUUUUACAUGCUUUUGGAAAAAAAUAAAUAAAUGAAAUGCUGGUGUUGAUUUAACACA